GUUGGUGUAUCGACAGUUUUAUCCGUUAGCGAUAGAAAUCUGUCGUUACCUUAAGAUUCCAGAUUAUCAGGGAGUCAGCCGAGUCCUCAAACACUGGGCCUCCUGCAAGGUGCAGCAGAAGGACCUAUCUGACGAGGCCAUAGCGCGGGCGGUGUGUGUGAAGGUGGGAGACUCACCUGGUGUGUCUUACUCUCACAUCGCAGCCAAAGCUUACGAGUGUGGACGCACCGAGCUCGCCAUCAAGCUGUUGGACUCGGAGGCCCGGUCUCACCU